AGUUCCUGUCCCUUUCCGAGUCCGCGUUCGCCCCGCCCGACGCUACCGGAGCCUGUCCCGCUGGGCCCCAGGGCCCCCGCUGGUAGAAUGGAGUUCUCAGAGCUGAUCCGCACGGGUCGGGCCCAAGCCGAGCUCCUCCCGGGCCCGGAGGAGGCCCCGCUGCGCGGCACGCUGUGCGUCACCGGUCACCACCUGCUGCUGUCUCCAGGGCCCCCAUCGACUCCGGACCUGUGGUUGCUGCUGUUGCGCAGUGUCGACUCCAUUGAGAAGCGGGUGGCGGGUGACUCCGGCACCAUCACGCUGCGCUGUAAGGACCUGAGAGUGCUGCAGCUGGACAUAGAGGGCGUGGAAGCGACGCUGGACAUCGCCCGUUCCAUCGAGGCACUGUCCUCCCUGGAAUCGGUCAUCACCUCCUUUCCGUUCUUCUACCGUCCCAAGGGCCUGAGAUUGGGCGACGCCUGGCACUUCCACCCACCCGAACGCUACUACAAGCGAGUAGCUCGCGAGACCAACGCGUGGCGGCUGAGCGAGGUGAACCAGGACUUUAGUUUGUGCCCCAGUUACCCUCGUGCGGUAAUCGUGCCUCGAGCGGUGGACGACGAUGCCCUGGCGCAGUGCGCCCGCUUCCGCCAAGGAGGCCGCUUCCCAGUGCUGUGCUACCACCACGCUCCCAGCGGAACCGUUCUGCUACGCUCCAGUCAGCCGCUGAUUGGUCCUCAGAAGAGACGCUGUGCUGAGGAUGAGGACUUGCUGCGAGCUGUACUGACAGGGGCUCGCCCUGGGGCUCAGGGCUUCAUAGUGGACACACGAUCCGCCCAGGUCGCUAAACAGGCCCGCAUGACUGGAGGGGGCACAGAGGCCAAGGCCGCCUACCCUGGCUGGAAACGACUGCACCGACCCCUGGAGAGGGGACGGGCUCUCCAGGAGAGCUUUGUGCGCCUGGUGGAGGCUUGUGGGGACACGGAGCAGAGCAUGGACCGCUGGCUUAGUCGGCUAGAGGGCUGCCGCUGGCUGGCACAUGUGAAGGAGGCACUGAGCACCGCCUGCCUGGCAGCCCAGGGCAUGGAAAGGGAAGGAGCCUGCAUCCUGGUGCAUGGGGCCGAAGGCACAGAUAGCACUCUGCUUGUGACUUCAUUGGCCCAACUUAUCCUGGACCCCUUGAGCCGGACCAUUACUGGAUUCCAGGAACUGGUGGAGCGGGAGUGGAUCCAGGCUGGCCACCCCUUCCAGCUGCGCUGUGCCCACUCGGCCUUCUCUCACGCCCGCCCCAAGCACGAGGCACCCACCUUUCUCCUCUUCCUGGACUGCGUGUGGCAGCUGGGCCGCCAGUUCCCGCUGUCGCUGGAGUUUGGAGAGGGGCUGCUGUUGGCACUAUUUGAACACGCCUAUGCCUCGCCUUUUGGCACCUUCCUCUGCAACAGUGAAAAGGAGAGAUGCCUCUGUGAAGUGAGGACUAGAACACACUCUCUGUGGUCUGGGCUCAACCAGCCAAAGGAACAACGAAAACUCCGGAACCCACUCUAUGUGCCCAAUCCCUUGGCCAUUUGGCCUUCUGUGGAGCCCCAGAGCCUGCGGCUAUGGCAAGGCCUGUUUCUGCGCUGGACUCGCCCACCUGAGCCUUCAGAAGUAGCAUGGGAGAAGGUGUGGCAAAUAGUGACAGAAAGGGAGAAGACCGGAGACUCAGCCCACAGCUUCUGCUUGAGUCCCCAACCUAAGCAAUGACUCCUUGAAACCUUUCCAGGCCCCUCAGGACCUCUGACCUUUGAUGAGCAUGCCCAUGACCUAGGCCAGCCCAGAAUACUGAAGUUCUAACUUGCAAGUGUCUAAAGUAUAGGGAGAAGGCCUAAAUAAUAAAGGUAUCCAUGACUGGUAUUGGCUUGCUG